UUCAUCACUGUCACUGAUUCAUCUUUGGUUUGUUUUUCGACCGAGAAACAAAUAUAGGAUGGUUGAGCAUGGAGAAAUGAUUGAAGAUGAUGUGUUUGUAGACAUCAACCUAACCAAUGAUGAGAUGGUUCAGUGGCAAAUUAUGCAACACAGGAGCAUAGAAUGCUUAAUAAGGAAGAAGAAAUCAUUAAAAGCCCGUUAUACGUAUGGCAUUAUCUUCUCAUUGGUAAAUCUUGUAGCUUGGUUUCUGCGCGACUAUGGUCAAAAGGUCUCCCUUCGCUUCAAUAUUCUUAAAGCUUGUGGACCCGAGGGCCAUGAAUGUUUUCAAACGGUAGGAGUUCUUCGAAUGAGUUUGGGAUGCUUCAUAUUCUUCUUUGUGUUGUUUCUAACCACGUGCGGAACAACAAAGUUAUUCGACAUUCGUAGUACAUGGCAUUCUGGAUGGUGGACCUCAAAGUUUGCUAUAUUGACGAUCGCGCUAGUGUUUUCGUUCUUAAUCCCCUCGGAUUUUGUUCAUUUAUAUGGUGAACUUGCUCGAGUUGGCGCAGGGAUUUUUCUCAUUCUCCAACUCAUAAGUGUAAUCGAGUUCAUAGCAUGGUGGAAUGCUUAUUGGAUGCCCGAUGACAGAAAGAAGCAGAGCUCGUGUUGUGGAUUAUUCAUGUCCACACUGUUUUAUAUGGCGUCUUUAUGUGGGAUCCUCGUGAUGUAUGCAUUGUAUGCUUCCAAACUUUCAUGCACUCUCAACAUAUUUUUCAUCACAUGGACCGCCGUUUUGCUUCUUGUCAUGAUGGCUAUAUCCUUGCAUUCGAAGGUGAACAAAGGACUUUUGUCAUCAGGGAUCAUGGCAUCUUAUGUUGUUUUCCUAUGUUGGUCCGCUUUAAGAAGUGAGCCUGCCGAUGAAAAAUGCAGCCCUCAAAAGCACGAUAACAAGCAUGUCGAUUGGAUAACCGUGCUCGGCUUCUUGAUUGGGGUUUCAGCAAUUGUUAUCGCAACAUUUUCUACCGGGAUUGAUUCACAAACAUUUCAGCUCAAGAAACAAGAAUAUCUAAUGGAGGAUGAUAUCCCUUACAAUUACGGUUUUUUCCACUUGGUAUUCUCAUUGGGUGCUAUGUAUUUCGCUAUGCUAUUUAUCAGCUGGAAUCUUGAUAGUUCAACCCGAAAAUGGAGCAUAGACGUCGGGUGGGCAAGUACAUGGGUGAAAAUUGUUAACGAAUGGUUCGCAGCCACACUAUACUUAUGGAAAUUGAUUUCGCCAAUUGUGAGAGAACCCAAGAUCAUGAAUCAUGAAGAACCUGUGCCACAACAGCAGCUGCAAGAUUCGGAGUGAAGUAGUUGAAUGCUUGUGCCAUGUUAGAUUCUAGUUAGUUUAUCGCGCUAGGGAGAGGAUCAUAUGAGAAAACUACAUAUAAAUGAGAAAACUAGAAAACUAACUAAAAAAACCUAAAAAAAAGCUAAA